CUCACUUUUGCCUCAUUCGCUCAGUAGUGAAUUAGUUUCUCGCGACGUUGGUGGUGAUGGUAAUGUGUGUGAAAAUUACUAGAGAAUAAAUUGACUCUAGGAUUGUGUCAAAUAUUUGCCCCAGUGUCGUGAUGGAGAACAAUAGCGCAAAGGAUUCUGGGCAGGCUAAUGGCGAAACGGGAACACUGAAAAAUGCCAUUAUUACGAUCAAAACUGAUGACAGUGGACACCAAAAAUGGGGUAGCAGUAUUGAGUUUCUGCUGUCAUGUAUCGCAAUUUCCGUCGGAUUCGGGAACGUCUGGAGAUUUCCCUACACGGCACUACAAAACGGAGGAGGUGCCUUCGUGAUACCGUACCUAAUCGUGCUGUUCGUAGUUGGCAGACCGAUCUACUACCUGGAGAUGGUGAUGGGUCAGUUCUCUAGCCGAGGAUGUGUGAAGGUGUUCGAUGUCUGUCCGUUGAUGCGAGGCGUUGGAGUCGGACAGACCAUCACGAUGUUCAUCAUUGUGGGAUACUACGCAGCGAUACAGGCAUUAUCUCUUCGAUAUUUUUUCGACUCGUUUCAAAGUCCUCUGCCUUGGAGCGAAUGUCAGCGGGGAUGGUUAAAUUGCAUUGAUUCUAACUUUCUUGGAAGAGCAUCCGUUAUCAAUGGAACCCCGACGGCUACUCCAUCGGCAGAUUUCUAUUUCCGAAAGGAAAUCAUGAACCUAUUACCUAACAUUGACAACGGAAUCGGCCUUCCGGAUUGGAAACUGUCACUUUGUCUGUUGGCGUGUUGGAUCUGUAUCGCUGGCAUUCUGGUGAAAGGAAUUAAAAGCUCGGGGAAAGCUACCUACUUUCUGGCUCUCUUUCCAUUCGUGAUUCUUCUGUUGCUACUGAUUCGUUCCUGUACAUUGACCGGUGCCAUCGACGGGAUCAAAUAUUUCGUGCAGCCCCAGUGGGAAAUGAUACUUAAGCCGGAUGUUUGGUAUGCAGCCAUUGGCCAAUGUUUCUUUUCUCUGACCGUGGGAUUGGGAGCAGUGAUCGUAUUUUCAUCUUUCAAUAACUUUUCCAGUCACAUUUAUCGUGAUGCCACAAUCAUUUCCAUCCUCGAUACGGCGACCUCGGCGGUAUCCGGUGUCAUUGUCUUUGGCAUCGUUGGCAAUUUGGCCUACAUAACACAGAAGCCAGUUCCCGAAGUGAUGAAGUCCGGUCCGGAGCUGACAUUCAUAACCUAUCCAGAUGCCAUCGCUAAGAUGGAUUUUGCGCCAAAUUUUGUCGCUGUCAUGUUCUUCCUGAUGUUCGUCUUACUGGGGCUGGGCAGCAAUGUCGGAAUCGUGACAACCAUUCUAACGUCGAUCCAGGACCGUUAUCCGCAUGUGACUGUCUGGAAAACCGUUUUGAUUAUUUCAAUUGCGGGAUUCUGUUACGGGUUGGUGUUUGUUACUCCGGGUGGCUUGAUUAUGCUGGAUCUUAUAGAUUACUAUGGAGUAACAUUUGCAACUCUCACUUUGGUUAUUCUGGAAGUCAUUACAUUCUGCUGGCUUUACGGGGUGCGAAGAAUAUGCAUUGACAUACAGUUCAUGCUAGGAAUCAAAACCGGUAUAUUCUGGAGAGUUUGUUGGGGUUUCUUGACUCUACUUAUGAUUGGCGCAAUUUUCAUCAUGGAAUCAAUCCAAUAUGAACCAAAGGAUGUUCCUGUAGGUUACAAUGUGCUCGGUUGGUGUUUAUACGGUUUCUCGGUACUGCAGGUAGUCGGCUGGGCAGUUUAUGCAAUUUGCAAACGACCGGAAAAACGAGUGCUCAGCAAGUUACUUCACGCGUCGAAACCUACAGAGGAUUGGGGACCGGAGAGUAUGCUUUUGAAAAAUGAUUAUAAUGUAACUGUUCGGAGGCACAAGGACUCUUUGAGCUUAAGAAAAAAGAAUUUUUUGGAAAGGUUCUAUCAACGUCUUUCUCACAAUGUAUCGCGAACAUCGUUGUCUUCGUAUGGCAAUGAAAAUUCAACAACGGGAUCAUCGACACCGGUCCGAGAUAAAUGGGGUAAAGAUGUGGAAUUCAUGCUAUCCUGUAUAGCCUAUUCCGUUGGAUUCGGCAACGUAUGGAAGUUUCCGUACACCGCAUUGAAAAAUGGUGGAGGAGCAUUUUUGAUUCCGUAUCUGGUGGUACUGUUUAUCGUGGGACGUCCUAUCUACUAUUUGGAAAUGGUUAUUGGUCAGUUUGCCAGCCGCGGAGUAGUGAAAGUGUACGAUUUGAGUCCUGCUAUGAGGGGAAUCGGAGUAGGUCAAUCUGUUGCCAUGUUCGUCGUCAUGACCUACUACACGCCAAUAUUGGCUAUCACACUGCGGUACCUGGUGGCAUCCUUCAGUGCCGAAUUACCGUGGGCUAAGUGUGACCCAUCGUGGACAAACUGUGUCGAUUCAGCCAACGUAGGGAAAGUCGAGUCUACUAACUCAACCACCCCACCAAAAGCAUCUGCAGAGCUUUAUUUCACCAUCACCGUAAUGCAUAAGAACGAAUCUCUUUAUGACGGCGUUGGAGUCCCAGAUUGGAAGCUGAUCCUGUGCCUAACGUUUUCAUGGCUAUGCGUUGCAACUAUUCUCAUCAAAGGCAUUAAAAGCUCCGGAAAGGCUUCCUACUUUUUGGCUAUCUUUCCGUACGUCAUUAUCAUCAUUCUGCUAGUGCACGCUUGCACACUGAAAGGAUCAUUCGAUGGCAUUCUAUACUUUCUUACACCGCAGUGGGAUCAACUGUUGAAUGUUACGGUGUGGUACGAAGCCGUUACCCAGUGCUUUUUUUCGCUAUCGGUUUGCUUCGGUGGUAUAAUUGCUUAUUCAUCAUUCAACAAUUUUACUAACGAUGUAUACAAGGUGGCAAUGAUCAUUUCCUGGUUGGACACGCUAACUUCCAUCAUUGCCGGAUGCAUAGUGUUCGGUGUAAUCGGCAACUUGGCAUUCGUAACCGAGCAGGACGACAUCCAGAAAGUGGUACAGAGUGGUGCCGGACUUACAUUCAUGACCUACCCGAAUGCAAUUGCCAAAUUUGAACUACUACCUCAACUGUUUUCGGCUUUGUUCUUCCUGAUGCUGUUCGUCGUGGGACUGGGCAGCAAUUUGGGAGUGACCACCAGCAUCGUGACAGCAAUCCGUGAUCAGUGCCCGUGGCUGAAGAAUUGGCAGAUAGUGUCAGUGGUUUCCGUAGUUGGAUUCUCAUUUGGAUUGAUUUAUCUGACUCCUGGUGGACUAGAUCUGCUGGAUAUUUUGGACUAUUAUGGAGCUAAAUACGUGACUUUGACUCUGGCGGUGUGUGAACUGGUGACGCUUGCUUGGAUCUACGGCGUAGACCGGCUCUGUCGCGAUAUAAAAUUCAUGUUGAGACGACGUACAAGCUGGUUCUGGAAGAUCUGCUGGGGUAUUGUAACUCCCUUGGUAACGAUGUUGAUUCUAUUGCUGAGCUUUUUUGAGUAUGAAGCUUUUUCUGUUCCAAGUGGAUAUAAUGUUCUCGGUUGGGGUAUUUACAUCCUUGCCAUUCUUCAACUACCAGGAUGGGCUUUGUAUGCUGCAUGGCGGCUCAAAACAAAAUCAUCGCUAUCACUUUUCGACUCAUUAAAGAAAUCGUUCCGCCCACUGCCCGAGUGGGGUCCAGAACUGAAACCGAUUCGCAUCCGUUACCUGGAAGAAGAGGCACGGUACAAAGCAACAGUGCCACAAGAUCAAACUGUUCUGGACUCCAUUAAGCGAAAGUUGUUCAGUUAGGAACAUAGUGUGCUGUGAAACAAAUAUUUGUUCUCUUGUUUUUUUUGUAAUAUACAACUGACAGAA